CCCCCUUCUCCUUGUCCUCGAUCAUCUUUCACGACUCACUAACGAAAAAAGACCGGCUGUGUAGGUGUCUCGUGCGUUCCGUGGUAUGGAAGUCGCAAAAUAACUGCUUGUUCCACAGUGUCUCCUCACACUCACUCACUGAACGACACUCAUCUCUUCAACAUUUACUCCGUGCUAUAAUCUGCCCACUGCAUAAACCUUUUCUUCUCUAUACCCACUUUUUGGCACGUUAAAGAUGGCAGGCACACAACAGCUGCCAUCCUGGAUGACGAUGUCGAUAACCACGAUAACCAACCCUGAGGGUAUACCCGUGACAACGAGCACGACAAUCCUGCAGUUGCCACUCACCUACUACGGUCCAAGCAUCCCUCUCGGAACGGACGGAGCAUGGACUUAUGGUGGCUUGUACCCUCCUUCAUCGUCUCCGUCGACAGCCUCCCCAACAGCGACACCCCUCCCUUCUUCUACAGCGACACCCUCUUCAACAUCAUCUUCCUUAUCUCCAUCUACGUCCAUCCCCUCUACGUCAUCUUUAAUUCCUUCUAGCGUUACGCCUUCGUCCACCACGCCUACUGCAGCCUCGACCACAACCACUGCAUCGCCAUCAUCCACUACACAACCUUCCGCAGUGUCCACGCUUUCCAAGGGCGCACUGAUCGGUAUCAUUUUCGGUGCUAUAGCGGGAUUCGUUUUGCUACUGUUGCUCUUGCUUUGUGUAAUCCGAUGGCGGAGACAGAGGAGACGCGAUGGUUACCGGGCAACCCCGAUUUGGACGCAUUGGGAAGUCGUACAUCCUACGGCGCCCCGAAGCGCCGACGGGGACAGGCCAGUUGGUGUCGGUUCUCCACGUGGGUCCGGUGACGAAGUUGACUCUUUCCUUCAGCGCAGCCAAACCGGGGCCAGUAGGGGACAACGCCAUGCCUCCAAUAUUCCAUCUCUUCCCCCGGGUGCGGCUCCCCCAGUGAUUGGCAGUACCGCGUCAGGCGACUCGGGCCACACCAGUUCUUCCGCUGUUACAGACUAUGGCGUCUUGCUACCUGAUGGUGGAAGAAUUGGACAAGCAUAUGGCGACUCGUACUUCCCAGCUGCGAGGGCGAGCAGUGAAAUGACUGGACAUAUCAUUCCCCCUGGUGAACUUCUUAGGAUCGACGACGACGAGGAGGAACCUCAGAGCCCGCCGAGAAUGUAUGGUGUUCCCCAUGGGGACGAUAGCGAUCCAUUGCUUCCUCAUCUUUCACCACUCCCUCCGCCACCCCCGUUUGACAGCGAAAAGCAUUCCACUCGUAAGACGCCUUCAGUGAUCGAGAAGGAGAAAUCUAUCCGCAGUUUGUCCUAUCCUGCAAGUGACAUGGAGGCAUCAGAGGUGUUCACUGCCCGUCGCGUACUGCUUCGUGACGUUGGACCUCGCUCGCUGGAAAGUGCGGAGACCUCAACUCACAGUCAUUCCGAACCUAGCCCAGUUGCAGGUCCUAGUGGUUGGCACAGCAGCUUUGGCUUUGGCUCGCUUCAAAAGCUUCGUCUGAGCUGGUUUGGCAGCUCCUCGCAUAACGGUUCCCGUUCUUCAAAUGGCCGCCGUCCCGAUGAUAUCGAGUCUAGUCAAUCUCUCCUUCAGGCACCGCGCUCUCGCCGUCGUAGUGGCCCUAGCUUAAUUAUCGGAGACGAUCGUCCGCUCUCGACUCUGAGCACCAAGAGUGCUGUUUCAGGCAAUACCGUGUAUCACGAUGCCGUCUCUCGUCUUGGCACACCCCGACCGGUGGAUGGAGCUACCUCGGGCCAGAACGUUCCUCCAAUGCCUCUGGGUUCCCCUCCUGCAUAUGCUCUGGAAGAUCCAUACAGCUCUUUAGGUAGCAGAGGCAGUUUCCCGUUCUCACAAGGUUUGGAUGUGUUGGACCUGCCAGUUCCAACGCCUGCGUCCCAGUUCGCUGCUUCCGGACGCACCAACAGGGGCACACCACCACGAACCCUGCGCGAAUCACUAUCAGUCAUCACGGGUUCUUCAAAUGAGGCAAGUAUUACGAUUGAUGUGCUUGACGCUGAACCACCGGCUGCUGGUGAAGGAUGGCGGACGAUAGCUGAAGCCGGGCGAAACAUUGGUCGUGGCCCUGGGUUUGACACUGGUGAGAGACGAACAACGUUCGGUACGCCUCAACUGGUCCACCAGCACCAGGCAGUGCUCUCUGAACAAGGCUCGCUCCACUCCUUGGGUUCUUAUGCUGGUCCCCUUUCCCGUUCUUCCGCAUCAGGUUCUGCGCGAGGCUCAGGCUAUUCUUAUGGGCAUUCUGGUUCCGUUUCAUCUCGCCCAUCGGCGCAAUCUGGAGUUCAAACGGCCAGUUCAGGAUCGCUAUCUCCUCGACUGCGUAGCAGAACGAGUGGUCUGCCUAUUUCUCCAGCUGUUUCGGCGUUCGGCCUUGCGCGGGAACGUAGCCAACAUUCAACGGACAACUUACCAUCUCCGACCUCGCGCGGUUCUGCCUAUUAUUCUAUGCCUUCGUCUUCGGAUAACGGUAACGGUGGAUUUAGUCGCGUUUCAGUACUAGGGCCGAUGCCAUCUUUCACUGCACGUUCUGUCCUCGCACCGACGAUACAGAGUACAGGGGCGACGACUACAUCCGAUGACACGGAGAUGACGCGAACCACGGUCACCGCAGGUACUAGCACCACGGGAACUGGAGGUGGCGGUGCAGAAACUACCACUGAGGACGUAGGCGACUUUGUUGACCGGCUUCGGUUCGGGGAUCUUGAUAUGGGCCGAUUGAGGGUGUAAACCACAGAUCGUUUUGGGUGGUCCUCGCACACCGCUAGUCCCUGAGACUGUUUCGAGCACUUCACUUGCCAGGCGUUUGUUCUCUGGAAUUCCCUUGGGAUGGUGACCUAGACUAUUACACCCAUCGACAAGCACGUUGAUGGGGCUGCCUUGUCGAUUUUGAAGUUGCGUCUGGGAUACCCUGCCGAAGCGCUUCUAACCUUCAUCCACGAUGACACCUAGCACGCUUAUCUUUUUUUGAAUGCACUUGCAUGCGACACCCCCCUCCCCACCUUUCUUGCGAUACCUACAACUCUGCUUUUCGUAUACAUCUUCACGACUCACGUAGUACAUAUGAGCUGACUUACAUUGAUGAUAAUUGAUCGAGUGACACGCCA